CAGUCUAUAUCUCGGAUGGACUGACUGCAGCACAGUGGGAAAACUUUUUCCUGUGGGGCGGUGAUACUUACGAAUGAAAUCCGCUAAUUUUCUCAGUCUUUUGCGCUGUAAAAAAAUACAAAGUACAGCAGUUCGUUUAUAUUUAGCUUAAUGCAGAGAAAACCCCUGAUUAUUAUAUUGUCCUUAUAAUUUAUUGCAACGUUACAAACUUUGGUCAUCGCAACAUCGACUCGGACAAAAAGUGGAUAAAUGUUUUUCUACAUUUAAUAACAAAGAGUUGCCGUUAGGGGGUGACCCUAGAGCAGGACGGUAUGACGUCACAGACCAGCAGCCCCAGACCCUCCAGAGUUUGACCCGGGAUGGAGCUGAAGGUGUGGGUCGAUGGAGUUCAGCGUGUGAUCUGUGGGGUCACAGAGGCCACCACCUGCGAGGAAGUGGUCAUCGCUCUGGCUCAAGCAAUUGGUCGCACAGGACGCUAUACACUGAUUGAAAAAUGGAGGGACACCGAGAGACAUCUCGUUCCUCACGAGAGUCCGGUGGCCUCUCUGAACACUUGGGGGCAGUAUGCAGGAGAUGUGCAGUUUAUCCUACACCGCACAGGUCCAUCUCUCAAUGAGUACCCCUCAACUGAAGGUCUGAAUUCUCGAGGCCCAGAGCGUGGCUUGCAUCGGCAGAGCCUUCCGUUGAUGGCCAAGCUCCGAGCUCCGGGUGAUCGGUCCUUCUGUCGGCGUGAACCACGCCGCAAAUCUCUGACCUACACCGGUGCGCCCCGCAGUCUGAGGGACAUCCUUAGUGGAGGAAGGCUCAGUGACAGCAGUGCUAGACAACGAGAGGUUUUAGUAAAAAGUCCCCACAAUUCGCCGUCACUCUCCCCCCGGUUAUCAGCCCAAAGAGUGGGGGACCUUACCCAACUGGUGAGACUGCAGAGGGAGACACUUUCGUUUCUAGACAGCAGGAUGGAGGCGUACGAGGCAGAGCUCCGAAUGAUGACUGAGAAAAGAGUUGGACUAGAGGACGAUGAAUUGUAUGUGAAGAUGAUGGAGGAAGUUUCAAGGUUGGAAAAGCAGGUGCGAAGAAACAAGGUAGAUAUUGAGGAAGAAGAAUUCUGGGAAUCCGAGCUGGAGAUUGAGCGCGAGAGCGAGAGGCAGCUGCAGGAGCGCCUCCAGGAGUUGAGCAGUCGGGUGCGCGGCUGUGAGGCGGAUCUGGAACAGCGGCUGAUGUCUCUGCAGGGCGUAGAGGCAGGCAUAGAGGCUCAAAAGCAGCAUAAGGAGAUCAGAGACAGCCAGCAGGCCAGUGAGGGGGAAGUGAAGGCUAGACUUCAGAGAGUGAAAUCAGAGCUCAAGGCUCAGGCUCAACACACGGCCCAGCUUGAAAACAGCUCAAGAGCAGUGGAGCGCUCAUUGGCUGAGUCAUGCAAGAGACGACAGGCGAGUCAGUACGAACUGGAACAGCUUACCAAAGAGUUGAGGCAGGUAAACCUACAGCAGUUCAUUCAACAAACAGGCACCAAAGUCACGGUUCUGCCCGUGGAGCCCAGUGAUGAGGACUCCAGCAACACAACAGAUGGUAAAGACUUUGCUGCAUUAACUGGCUCAUUGAAACGACCGGGCGCAUCUCAUCCAGUGGUUGGCAGCAACCAUGGACUCCAUAGUCCAAUCUCCUCAGGUUUGAAUCCUGAGGGCAUCUACGUUUGAGGACCAUAAAUCACUUCAGUAGAUGCAAACCAGAUUUUUAAAAACCUCUCCAUAUAUGUUUUAGACAGAGUUGAUUUGAUUUGUUGCACAAUGAAGGAGAACUUCAGUGGUAUCAUGAAGACCUCUCAAGCUGUUUUUCAAUUCCCUGUCAUAAUACUUGAUCUUGAUCAUAAAGAGCUGCAUACCAUUUCAAAUACAAACAAUAAGUAUGCUGAUUUUCUUAUUUGUACUGUCUACUGUUAGAAAGUGAUACCUGUAACCUCGUCACAUACAACAAAAAACUAGGCGAUGAAGGAUGAAUUACUUUGGAAGCAUAAAUAUAUUUUUGUAUCCUUAUUUUAGUCUCUAAAAACAUUUGUAUGAAUGUGCAACUUUCCAGCUGACCUGUGAUAUUUAGUUGUUUUUUAUUCGUUUUUUCAUACUAUGGCAUACUAUUCAUACUGUGUUAUCUGUUUAUGUAAGUGUUUUUACUAUGUUGAGCCAAAGACAAUCACCUUUUUCAGUUGCAAUAUAUUACUGCAUGACCGCAAAAUAUCGUACUACUCCUUGCUUUAAUUUAGCUAAUGUCAUCAUUGUUGAAAUAUGCAUAAUAACUGAUACUGACAAAUACAAAAGUGUUAUUGCUUGAAAAUGUACUUUUAAUCUUAAAGGGAUACUGGGACAGUUCACCCAAAAUUAAACAGAAUUUCUUUUUUUUUUUUUUUUAAUAUCUCUCUGUAUUGAGAUCAUUUUUGGGUGAACUGUACCUUAGAUGUUAGUAUAUAUUUGUUUGUUUCAAUAUAUUAAAUCACAGCUAUUUAGCUGAAAAUAGUGCCUUACUGAAAUUCAACCCAAGCCAUGUUAGUAUCAGACUCUGUGAAUUAAAUUUCAGUAUUUUCAGUGUAUGUAUAAAAUAUAUUAUGAUGUUUUGUGUUCAGAUUUGCUCAUAUGGUGUCUUGUACAUAUGGCUGCAUUUAAUUUCAGCAGAUUUUGGGGGUAUUUAAACUUUUUUAUUUGAUUCCUACAGUCAGCAUGUACUAUAAUUUUUGUAAACAUAGAAAAGCUUCAUAUAAACCCCUAGAAAGUCUGUAUGUAGUACUGUGAAUCACUAUUAAACCCAAAUCACCCCUAUAUAAA